UGCUGAGCGCAGCAGCCACUUUGUUCGUUGCCAGUUUGCACUUCCUCGGGGCCAACGACCACUUUCCAGCGGACCUCGAACCCUGUCUGACCAAGUGCUUCUCCAGCGGUUCUGGCUCUCAUUCCGACAUAUACACAAGCUCGUCUAAUUUCGCACACCAGGGACGCUACCAUCAUCCAGUAGCAACCAUUUUAACAACCCCACAACGUUCCAGCCUCCACUGUUUGCCAAGGAUACUCUAGUGCAGCCUGAUAAUGGAGGAGUCUGCAUUGGAGUAUGAGUUCGUGAAUACUUCUGAUUCAUUGUCUUUAAUUCCUGCUUCCGAAUCCGAUGGCGAUUACUCUGGACCAAGGGUGGCUGCAUUGGCAGUUAUCAUGUGCUUCUGUCUGACUGCCAUGGCGGGCGUGGUGGUCACAUUCGUCGUUACUGCAAGCGAUAUUCUUGGCUUCAACAUCGCGCGCACGGAGGCAGACAUCGACAGUGAUCUGCACGCAAAUCCACGUCCCACCGCCCAAGAAGUCGACAGAAGGGUGGCAGCAAAGCGACCGACGCCAGCCAGUCGAAGGGCCACCCCAGAAUAUAUACCUCCUGUACCGCCUAUUGUUCAUAUGCCCUGGACGGCUAAAAUGACGCUUGCUGCUGUAACGACGACAACGACGACUACUACAACGACGAAAACGACGACCACUACCAAGUCGACGACAAUUACCACGAGAACAAGAGCUACCACAACGACGAUGAACACCACUACGACGACGACGACUACAGUAGUCCCAGUGAAAGAAAUCAUCUGCACCGUAUGCGAGUCUGCCACCACUGAAAACAUGUACCCACCCGACACGUACUGUGACUACCUCUUCUACAGCGACGUGGUCACAUCUAAUGGCCAAAUCGUUGAAGGGAAAGGUUCCAUCAGCUGGAAUGUAUUCCAGGAGAGGGUCUGGAAAUACAGGCUUAUGAAGACGGGAAUCUCGUUCGAUUUUAAGCAUGUGUCACCGAAUAGUUUGGACGACGCCGCUGACCAUCUCAGCGCGCUGCGUAGAGAAGGAAUCAGGCACUACGGACUGCUCACGGUGCUCGCGUUUCCCACCAACUUCAGCUCCGUGGUAUCGAGCACGAAACCUAUUCUUGAGAAACUGAAACAGCUCCAGGGCAGGGACCGGACAGCGAAAAAUAUCAUCGCCAUAGGCUGCUAUGAUUACGGUGGUAACUUCAUAACCAGGUUCGCAGAGACACUCACAAAAGUUGCCAACACUUACCCGGUCAACAUUGUAAUUGCCAUCAGUUCGGCGGGAUGGAUUGGCUACAAGGGAUUCUGUAAUGCCUGUCCGCCCACCGUGUUGACGUCCAAGAACCCACGUUACGAAGGCCUGUUGAAUCACUGGCAAGCCGUGUCACCCCGAGCCAAUUACACCAGACCGUCAAUACAGACUGGCCUAUCCUUUGACCUGUCCACGCUGCACUACGACCUCGUCGAAAGUGCGCCCUCGCUCAGGGAAAGUCUCUUCCGACCGUGCGAGUCUAUGAGGAAGACGACUCGAGAAGCGCUUUGCAGAAAUGGCACCAUCAAAAGCAAGGCCGCUAAUUACCUUGGCGAUGAGGCAGCCGCGUACGGCGUUCUAUAUAAUUCGUCGAGAGUCGUCGCAAUGAGCGAGUACAAUGACUCCCUGGCUUUCAAGUUCGAGAUGGCCGUAAAGGACCAAGGCAUUCGUCAGCGCACCGCGUGGCUGUUCUACAACGUGCACCUGCAGGACUUCGAUAACCAGUGCCCCGAUCCUCCGUACACUGUCAUCAGACUGUUUUGUGUAGCGUUGAAAGGUCCAAGCGCGGAAAGGUGCCAACCUGAAGAGUAUCUUCGUUAAGCACCCAUGGCCGCCACCCUAUCGUAUGUAUAGCGAAAAAAAAAGAAUAAAUAAACGACAUAUCAUUAAAA